AAAUCCCGAGCUUAAACCUCCGUCCCGCCUCCAUUGGAGUAUUUCCUGAUCAUCGCCAUUUCGCUUCUACUUCGCCGUCCGUUAUUACUGCCGGAUAAAUUCCUUUCUCCGAUGGAAAGGUAGUAGAUUUUUGUUUUCUGCAUCUUCAUCUUCUUCAAUUGAAUCGUGGGCAUGGCUGCUUCAAUCUCUAGAAGGAUUUUUCGCUCGUUUGGAUCUUUGACGGCUUUGGGACGCAGCAAUUCAUCGAAUUUGUCUGCUCAUUCCUCUGGAGAUGGCUUGUCUUCCCUUCCUAGUAAUCUGAAGUGUGGUUUGCCUUUGCUUACCUACCGAAAACUCUCUACGACUAUUUUGACUCCUGACUCAAGCGAUGGCCCAUUUCCUUCCGAUUUGCUGGCCAAAAAGACGGUGAUUACACCGGACCGUACCAUAGGACUCUAUCAGGACUUGGUUAUUCCCAUGACGAAUUUUCAAAACGAAGACAAGGGUUUCAUGGUGUUAGCGGGUGAUGUCUUUGAUGUUCCCAUAAGGAAGGAUAUCAUUCACCGUGUCGUCAGAUGGCAGCUCGCAAAACGCCAACAGGGAACUCAUUCUACAAAAACAAUAAGUGAGGUUAGUGGCACGGGCAGAAAGCCAUGGAAUCAGAAAGGUACUGGUAGAGCUAGGCACGGUACACUUCGUGGCCCUCAGUUCCGAGGUGGUGCUACAAUGCAUGGGCCCAAGCCGAGAAGCCAUGCCAUUAAGUUAAAUAAGAAGGUUCGACGGCUCGGUCUGAAGAUAGCCUUGACUGCCCGGGCUGCAGAGGGAAAGCUUAUAGUCUUCGAUGAUUUGGAGCUGCAAACGCAUAAAACGAAGAACAUUGUGAAGUUCUACAAUCAAAUGGAGAACACGAAAAAACUCCUCCUUGUAGAUGGUGCUUCCAUUGAUGAGAAGCUGAAGCUUUCGACCCAGAAUUUGCACUAUGUCGACGUUCUUCCUUCCAUCGGCCUUAACGUUUACAGCAUUCUGCUUCACGAUACGCUGGUUAUGUCUCGUGGCGCUGUGAACAGAAUCGUUGAACGAAUGCACACUCCAAUUAACCGGUGAGAGCCAAACCGGAUCAAACCUCCUAUCUGCUUAACCGGAGCAAGAAAAUCCGGUUUCUAUAUACAAAUUAAGCAGUCGGUAUUAGUUUCGGUUAAACAAUGUAUCGGUUUUGUUUUCGUAUAAUAUCGGUUAUACCGGUUAGUCCCGGUUUACUAGUUGGAAUGCUGACUUUGGUGGAGGAUUUCCGUAGUGUAUGAGUAUGAGGAGCUUCUGUGGUUUUGGUUAAUUUCAGAUUACUUCUAGUUUUUUAAA